GUCACCAAAGGAAGUAAAACAUGGCCGACAGGCGAUGAUUGCUAACAAAAGUUAGCGACGUUAAAAUCUGCUAACUUCCUUGUAAAUGAAGCGAAUAUCUGAACUUUGCCGCGCGCCUUCUGUUCAUGUUUAGAUUUAGGUCAGACUCACGAGGGAUUCUUGGACUGAACGUGAGCCUUUCCUUCCAUAAAAACAACUUAAAUUCUGACUCGGUGGUAGCUAGCAUUAGCAACCAAACCAGCGCCCGCGAUCGCUUUUGUCAAGACAACUCCGGAGAACAGAGCUGGUGAACGUUUCGCUGAUUUUUAAAUCCCAAGGCUUAUGUUUUGCAUCUGGUUUUGAAUAUUUUGGGUCCAGAGCCUGCUUGCUCGGACUAAUCGCUAAACCGUUUUAGCUGUUGGACUGUGCCGGUUUGCAAACACUCAGGAGCGAUGGACCCGAAGAGAGCGCGCGGCAGAUCGUCUCACGCGAGCAGCGGGGACUCGAGCUGCGACAGCCCGGCGUCCCCGUCCAGCAGCCCCGCGCAGCUCGCGCGCCAAGCCUCGGUGUCCGCGGCCAACGCGUUCGCCAACGACGGCAGCUUCAUGGAGAUGUUCAAAAAGAAGAUGGAGGAGGAGAAGAGGAGAAAAGAGGAGCACGGAACAGGUGGAGACGGAGUCACCGAGCAGGGACAGAGCUCGGAGGAAAAGAAGGCCCCUCCUGUGACGACCUUUGUGGGGAAGCGCCGAGGCGGGGUGUUCCUAAAGACCGGCAUGGUUGCCAAGAAGCAGAAACAGGAGACGGAAGCUGCUGAGCCAGGCAAGAGCGAUGCUUGGUCAAAGUACAUGGCCGAGGUGAAAAAGUACAAAGCCCACCAGUGUGGCGACGACGACAAAACCAGACCUCUGGUCAAAUAGGCUCCUGGAACGUGGGAGGCGAGAACGCUUUUUGGGAGAAAUCCAUCCAGCAGCUCCGGGGGAGACGGCCCGUGUUCUUGUACUGCCGGUUCAGGCCGUCCUUCACAAACUGCUUAAACUGAAACACUUUUCCUUUUCUAUUGUUUUUGCCUUGCUUUUGUUGUGUCCGGUGUCAAAGAUGUCUAAGAAACU